GGAACCGGUUUGCAAUCAAGACGCUUCGAAACAACUGGUCUGUAGCGAAGCAUCCCCCUGCAACGAGGCUUGUUUAGCAUAACCCCGCCUCCUGCAUGGUGAGAAGAUCGCGUGACGCGAAGGGGAGGGCAUAAGUGCGCCGGCAGCACCAUCACGUGAGAAGGCAGGCCGCGGUAGUCACGUGAAAUGGAGCACCCGCCGGAGCCGAGUGGGUGCCCUAUUGCAGGUGCCGACUUUUUGCAGCCGCGGCUUGCGGGGCUGGAGGACAGAGUGCGCCGCUUGAGCAACGGUGGCGACUCUGACGACCCUUUCUUAUUGCAAGCUUCUGCUACCCUUGAAAACUUGAAGCAGCUUUCUGAAGAUGGUAGAGAGAACAGCACCUUUUCCAACCUCGUGCAGCUUUAUGCUCAGGCAGUUCUGGAUAUCACCUACUUUGAGGAAAACCAGCUUGUGGAUGAAGAUUUCCUAGAAGCCUCAUCUUUACAGAAAGUUGAACAACUGAUCCAUGCACUUUCGGAGCCAGAAACCUUGAUCAAAGAAAGUGGUGAGAACGAACCCCUUGCUGUGCUUGGUGUCGAAUUACUGGAAUGUCUGUACUGGAGAAGAGGAGCCUUGCUCUACAUGUUUUGUCAUACAGUUAAAGGAAGGAAAGAAUGGUUAAUGGACAAGAUGGAAGCCUUUAAGAAGUUUCUUAGUGAGGGAGUUAAUUAUUUGGUGAAGAUGCUUGGCUUCAGAUGUUCUGUUAAUCCCGAGGAAUUUACGAAUCAGGAUUCAGACACUGCUAGACUGCUCCAUGAAGGCAUAUUCAGUGAUACCCAUCUGCUGGCUAUGAUGUACAGUGGAGAAAUGUGUUAUUGGGGACUGAGUUACUUUGGUAAAGGAAAACCACAAAUGCAAAGCACAGAUUCUGGAUCUAACAGCAAACAGCACUGUAGCCCAGACACUGAAACACUGGACUUUCGAGACACAGGAGAGAAAAUGUUGCAGAAGUAUGUUGCUGUAUGUGAAGGACCUUUAAGAGCUCAUGAGUGGAAUACUAGAAAUGCAAAGCUUAUUUUGGACUACUUUAAACAGCUGGCAACCUAAUUAACUCAUGCAGGUGUCUGUACGCUUCUAAGAAGAAACAUUAAACUGACAAAGAAAAA